AACAGUGUUUCAGAAAGAACCAUCGGUGACAAACGUUUCAUUUUUCUGCGGACAACAUGAGAUCUAUAUUUGUACUUUGGGGAAUUUUAUUUGCACUAUGUUUCUUCUUGCAAGUUGAAGGAGAUUGUAAUUUGGAUGGUGAGACAGUACCACCUGGUAAACAUAUUCGUAAUUGUAUAAGUUACACUUGCCAUGAAUCCGGCGCUAUUAGUGCAGUCGGCUGUGCAGCAUGGAGUUGUGCAGAAACUAUUGGAUAUAGAGAACAAGAUUUAAGUAAACCUUAUCCGGAAUGCUGUGCGGGACCCAUUUGUAAAACAUAGUUAUGCGUCAUGCUAACAUGUUACUACUAUUAAAAAAUUACUUACAAAUGAUUGGAAGAUGAAAAUGACAUCAUGUAAAGAAAUAUUUAGCAGUAAAGUAACCGUUUUAUCGAAUCUUACGUAUAUCUAAGAGAGUUAUUGCCUGAACGACAGUUAAAAUUACACUAAAGAAGCUUGCCUUGGACUGUAACAUUUACUCAUUGUCAGUGAAAUACUCAUUAAACAGGAGGAUGACUAAUCUUUA